ACAACGCGCGUGCACGGGAAGAGCUCGAACGGCAGGCGGAAGCCGAUAGGCAGCUCCGGCAAACUACCACUGAGGAGCAUUUGCAUCGUAUGGAACUGGACCGGAAAGCGAAAAAGGAGGAGGAGAGGCGGAAGCGCCAAGAGCUGCUCGCGAAGGAGGCCCGGGAAAGGGAGGAGAAGGAAAGACUGCAGUACGAGGCCAUGGAACUCCGCAAACAGAAGUCGGAAGAGCGGCUGAAGCAGCUCGAGAUUCAGAAGCUCGAACGCAAAGAGCGUUUGAAGCUGAAGCGCGAGGAAAAAAUCGCGAAGAUCGCCGCGGAAUCCCGGGAACGGGAACGGGAGAUCUGGAAACUGCAAAUGCAACAGGAGGAAGCAGCGCUUGAGCGGGAGGAACGGCAGAAAAAGGCGGAAGCCGACAGGAAGGAAAGGAAAGAGAGUCUCCGGUUGAAGCGGCAGCAGGAACUUUCCGACGAGGCAAGACGGAAAGAGCAGGAAAACUGGCGGUUGCACAUGGAACAGGAUAUGCAAUACGAAUUUUCCGUACAUGUACAAGAUGCAUCACAAAUUUCUUCAAUUUGGAGUGUAAGAACACUUAUCAUGCUAAACUAGGAUCGAGGCCCAAUUUUGUCAUGCAGAGACUUCUGCAUUUGUACGUCGUGUACGGGAAAUUUACUGUGGAUACAGGAGAGACUGCAGCUAGAAACCGAGGAACGGCGGCAGAAGGCCGCGGAGGAGCGGAAAAGAAGGAAGGAGGAGGUGUUGCGCAAACGGCAACUGGAGCUUAGUGACAAGGCCCGGGAGGACGAACGCGAGCAGUACCGGCUGCUGAUGGAGGAAGAAAAGCGGAGGUUGGAAUUUGAGCGCCGCCGCGCGCUGGCCGAGCAGGAGCGCAAGUGGCGGAAAGAAGACCGGAAACGGAAGCGACUGGAGCUGAUUGUGACCCGGUCUCGGGAGGAGGAAACCGAGGAAUGGCGAAAAAAGCAGGAGGCCGAGCAAGA